CCCUGCCACAGCAACGGCUCUUCGGGUGCCUUCCCGCGCUCAGCAGCCCCUCUGAACCUCAGCUGGCUCCUCGCAGCUAACCUGUCGGGCCGGGUUUGGCAGUAGGGGUGGGCGGGAGCCUCCACCCUCCGAAUCCCCGCCCAGUCCCCAGCGGAGGCCUCGCCAAGCCCCAGCCGGCUCCCGGGGGCCCCAGGCCGUGUGGCAGAGUCCUCGGGGACGGGGACGAGCUCCCCUCAUCAGGACGGCCGGGCUGGGGGUGCCCUGCACAGCGAGGGCUGGGGCGAUGCCCCCAGGUGCCCUCUGAGGCCCACCUGCCAUGGCCCACUCCCUGGCCUGGUCCUGCUGUCCCUGGUGCCUGACCGAGGAGGAGAAGACGGCAGCCAGGAUCGACCAGGAGAUCAACAAAAUCCUCCUGGAGCAGAAGAAGCAGGACCGCGGGGAGCUGAAGCUGCUGCUGUUGGGGCCGGGCGAGAGCGGGAAGAGCACAUUCAUCAAGCAGCUGCGCAUCAUCCAUGGCGCCGGCUACUCGGAGGAGGACCGCAGGGGCUUCCGGCCGCUCGUCUACCAGAACAUCUUCGUGUCCAUGCAGGCCAUGAUCGACGCCAUGGAGCGGCUGCAGAUCCCCUUCAGCAGGCCGGAGAGCAAGCACCACGCCAGCCUGGUCAUGAGCCAGGACCCUUAUAAGGUGACCACGUUUGAGAAGCGCUAUGCAGUGGCCAUGCAGAGUCUGUGGCAGGAUGCGGGCAUCCGGGCAUGCUACGAGCGCAGGCGCGAGUUCCACCUGCUGGACUCCGCCAUUUACUACCUGUCCCAGCUGGAGCGCAUCACUGAGGAAUACUACAUCCCAACGGCCCAGGAUGUGCUGCGGAGCCGCAUGCCCACCACGGGCAUCAAUGAGUACUGCUUCUCCAUGCAGAAGACUAACCUGAGAAUUGUGGAUGUUGGCGGCCAGAAGUCGGAGCGCAAGAAAUGGAUUCACUGCUUCGAGAAUGUCAUCGCCCUUAUCUAUCUGGCGUCCCUAAGCGAGUACGACCAGCGCCUGGAAGAGAACAACGAGGAGAACCGCAUGAAAGAGAGCCUGGCCCUGUUCGGGACCAUCCUGGAGCUGCCCUGGUUCAAAAGCACCUCAGUCAUCCUGUUCCUGAACAAGACCGACAUCCUGGAAGAGAAGAUCCCCACCUCCCACCUGGCCACCUACUUUCCCAGCUUUCAGGGCCCCAAGCAGGACGCAGAAGCCGCCAAGAAGUUCAUUCUGGAGAUGUACACUGGGAUGUACAAGGGCUGCGUGGACGGCUCCGAGGGUAGCAAGAAGGGCCCACGCUCCCGCCGCCUUUUCAGCCACUACACGUGCGCCACGGACACGCAGAACAUCCGCAAGGUCUUCAAGGACGUGCGGGAUUCGGUGCUGGCCCGCUACCUGGACGAGAUCAACCUGCUGUGAUCUUCGUCCUGUGAACAGUGACACCUACCUGCUGGGCAGGUGGAUCCCAGACAUCAUUGCCACUCCAGCUGCAGGCUGCAGAAGAUUCCACCCGGGCUCUCUUCCUUGACUCAGUUUACCUCCUUGGAAAAUAGAGAUAGAGCAGAACGGCCAUUGAAGAUGCCCGGGGUGGGGGGAGGCGAAGACAUCAAGGGGCUUAAGAUGUGCACGAGUGGUGUCUCUUAGGGAGCCCACCUGCGGAUGUGUCCCAGGGACAGGCAUGUGGCGCUCCCCGGGGGUGACGCUCACCUGGGAUAACGGAAACCGUCUCCGGGAGCGGACUCUGGCGCCCUCUGGUGGACAGAGGCAGGAACGCGGCUGGAGGGUUAGCUAUUGUAUCUCCCCUGGCUAGGAGACAAGAUCGCUGAAAAGUGUCCGGUCCUCAGCCUCUAGCCUCAGUGUCCUGCCCUGGUUUGCUGAGGAGGAAAACCGAGGCACGCAUCAGGGUUUUCCUGCCUUCCAAGGCAGGGAUCCCGAUAUACACCAUGCAAAUAGCUUUCUGUAUUUAUUCCCUCACUUUUUGAGGUAGGCAUUAAAGAAAGGACACGCCAGACACCUGUGUUUCUUAGGACCGGUGUCACCAGCUUUCUGUUGUUCCCCACCCUCACCCCAUUCUCUCUUCCGAUUGCCUGUGCAGGUGCAGAAGUGUAGGGGAGGGGCGACAACCUGUCAGGAGGAGGAGGAGCAUCCUGCUUGUUAUCUAUCCAGUUGGGUGGGCUCCGCGCCUGGAGCUCCACUGGAUGGUGGCAGUUUGAGGAAGAGAUCAGAGUCUCAGCAGCAGUGGUAGUGCACGCUUGUCUUCCCAGCCCUCGGGAGGCUGAGGCAGGAGAAUCACUGAGAGUUGGAGGCCACCCUGAGGUACACAGUGAGACCCUAUCUCAGAAAAAAACUCAGACUGUGACCUCUACCUGGAUUGAGGGGCCCCUCCUGUGGCUGCCCACCUCAAAGUGCCACACAGCUUCGAUGAGGAUGAAAGUGGUGGCAGCUCCUGCAUCCCGGGGGAGGCCCAGCUGUCUCACGCUGUACCCCACCCGUCAUUCAGCAGUGGAGGCUAAGGCCCAGAGAAAUGAUUUGGCCGGUGUUGUCCAACUCAGAGGUGACAGGGCCAACAUUCUGGUCACUCAUUCAACAUGGUUGCUUUGACUUUUAAAAAGUUUACGUUUCACACUGUGCCUGACGGUGCCUACCUGUCAUCCCAGCACUCUGGGAGGCUGAGGCACGAGGAGCACCACAAGUUUGAGGUUAGCCUGGACUACAUAGUAAGUUUAAGGCCAGCUUGACUUGCAUAGUUGUCUCAAGAUAACAAAGAUCUGGGGGUGUAGCUGAGUGUGAAACUGCCGGGUUCAAAUCCCCAGUGCUUCCCCCUUAAAAAAAAAAGUCUCCCUUGGGACUUGGGUGUUUCUGUCAUGGUCAACUGGGAUUAUGGGUUUGAGUGUUGAGACCACAGAGCGUCUGUCAGGCUCCUUCUCAGUGUAUGCUCU